UGCAGACAGGUCCAAAAGGCGCAUGGUGGCACCGUGGCACCAUUCUUCAAACAUUCGUCGACGGGGUUUUGAGUUUAGCGCCAAGUUCCCAGUCCACCUGGAAAAUGAUCGAUUAAAUGCGACAGGUAGCAAACACCUCUUUCCACCCUGCUGCCAUACCUUUUAUGCAACGACAUGCCCUUCGCACGACUUCAAGGCUAAUAUGAAGCUGUGCACACAGUCAUUUGGGCCAUUGCACCCUCGCUUCUCCAGCCAGAGACGCCAGAUCUAGCAACCGAUCCCAUCCCUCCCCGCCAUGCCCGUAUACAUGGUCCACGGCUUCCGGUGGCCACGCGCCGGCUUCACCGGUAUCCGAGUCUACAUCGUUCUCCACAAUCUGGAAGACGCUACAGCGGAAUACGUCCAGCAACCGGCGACAAGUCGACUGCUUACCGAAUGCUUCAAGAAGACGGAUCCUGAUAUCGUAGCUCGUCUGCCGGACCUACGAUUCAUCGAGCAAUAUGACCCCGAAGACACUGAUAGCGCAACCGCUGUCAGCCAGCCCUAUGCCUACGUCGCAGCGAAGGUGAUCACACUCUCGGAACCUGGUGCUAAGGCGCCGGGGCUCAGCUGGAAUCCCGAAGACUUGGCUAAGGACUCCCCUUUGGAACCAAGUGCCAUGGAAGCCCUGACGCAACUCCGAGAUAAGUACGCCGCAGGCGAGAGAAUAGGCUGGUGGAUUGUUUACAAUGGGGACCCAGACAGGGCUUUCCCUCACUCCGAGGAAGACGACAGUUAUGAUGAAUACGAUUAUGAUGAUGAUGACGAUGAUGGGUACACGGAAUCAAAUGGCGAUAGUGUUAGGAACUCAACAGCACCAGAAACACCUCCUAGCCCGGCGGCUCGAUUCCCCGUGAAGUUCGCCAGGUUUUUUGGCAGGUAAACGGCAAUAUACUACUAAUUACGGCGAACGAAUCUCACAAUCUCCCAUACCUUGCCAUUUCUUGCGGAAGGAGUCUUUCAUAACAUCUUGUCAUAGCAUUUGUAACCUAGGAGUAUCGGUUCUACAUCAGUUCAGUGUCAACAUUCGCAUCACAAAUGGUCAUUAAGUCUAUCGCUC